CAGAUCAAUACAUCAUAAGAGUGUGCAGUUACUAAUAGCAACUAGCAGUUUGCUAUCAAAUGAAAUCUAAUCUUGAAUCUAACUUCGUUUGAUUCAAUUUUGUAUUUAUCACUAAUGGAAUUAAUUUGUAUAAAUUUAUAUGAAUUCCUUGAUCUGAAAAGAUUGUAUGACAAAUUACUUGAUUAUUUUAUAAAUACAUUUUAAGCUUUAAAAAAAUUGAAGUAAAAAUUGAAUGAUCAAUAUUUUGGGUCGCGAAGUGUGUUCGCAGUGUUGUUUAUAAACAAAUACGAAAUAUUAUAAGGUAUUUAAUUUAUGUAUUCGAAAAUGAAGAGGAUUAAAAUUGUGCCAGACAGGCCGAAUCGCCUAUUUGAAAGCUGGUUAGAAGAAUGGAGGAACGAAGCGGUGCUCCGAAAUUCAGAGCUGCAUAAUCACUUUGCGAAGGCUUUGGAUUCGCUGAAACGAUAUCCACUACCGUUGGAGUCCGGUAAAGAGUGCAUAAUCCUGCAGCACUUUGGUACAAAACUAUGUUCGAUGUUAGAUAAAAAGCUGGAGGAGUACAGAAGACAGGAAUCCAUCAGAGUAGUUGACACUUGCGUCUCCAAGGCUGGCAGUAGUAACGAAGAUUGUAUAGCCAUGUCGAGAAAGAAACCUGUAGAAGAGUGUCAAACAGUUAAAGUACAGGAGAAAACGACGGUGUCUAAACAAGCUAAAAAUACCAAAAAGAAUGCACCGGAAAAAUUGGUAAACGUAAAUGACAUUGGACUGAAGGAAGCUGAUAGACAAAUUUCCUUUGAACCGAAUAAUUUUGAUAUUAUAUUAUUAGUGGAUACUCAAGAAACUUGUGGUGGAAAAACAAAGCCUCAGCAUGAUGCUACGAUCGCAGAGUUGACACAGCUUGGUGUACUGUUCGAAGUACGUCGUUUGAAGAUUGGUGAUUUCACAUGGAUAGCCAGAUGUCGAAAAACUAACGAUGAAUUAAUUAUGCCUUACAUAAUAGAACGGAAGCGAAUGGAUGAUUUAAGUGCAAGCAUCGUGGACGGAAGGUUUCAUGAACAAAAGUUUCGAUUGAAGCAAUCUGGUAUUGAGAAUUUGAUGUAUAUAGUAGAAAAUAUUGAUAAGAAUUCUCGAUAUUCUGUACCGCUCUCAUCAUUGUUACAAGCUUCUGUAAAUUGUUUGGUACAAGACGGCUUUACUGUAAAAUAUACAAGGAAUCACAAAGAUUCUAUGUUACAUUUGUCAUGUAUAACAAAGAUUUUAAUCAAACUGUAUAAGGAUAAGAAACUUAUUGGAUGCAAGAAAGAAUAUCUUACUCAAACAGACAAUGUAGGUAGCGCAGUACGUCUUAUGGAGUUCAAAGAAUUCAAUAAAGCAUCCUCUAAACAAAGGACAUUCAAAGUGAGCGAGAUGUUUAUUCGUCAGUUAUUACAAUUGAAAGGCAUAUCCAUCGUCAAAGCCAUGGCAAUUGUGGAGUGUUAUGCCUCACCGCAAAUUUUAAUUACAGCUUUGGAGAAUUCUGGUAAGAAUGGCGAACAGUUAUUAGCAAAUAUUCAAGUUGACAAGAAACGACGGCUCGGGCCUGCAAUUAGUAAGACCAUUUAUCAGCUUUACACAAUGAAUGAGUUAAGAUGACUAAUACAGAGGUA